CAGAGAGCUGUCUGAACGAAGCCCGGCCGAUAAAAACCGAGCCGUCAAGUUUCGGUCCUUCCCUCUCCGCCUCAGUCCGCCGGCCAGGCUGCAGCUUCAGACUCCUCGGAACCAAACUACACAGAACAACCAUGUCUGAGAAACUGCCCUACAAAGUCGCUGACAUCAGCCUGGCGGAGUGGGGCCGGAAGGCCAUCGCCAUCGCAGAGAACGAGAUGCCGGGCCUGAUGAAGAUGAGGGAGAUGUACGGCCAGACCAAGCCGCUGAAGGGCGCGCGCAUCGCUGGCUGCCUGCACAUGACGCUGCAGACCGCCGUGCUCAUCGAGACCCUGACGGCCCUCGGAGCCGAGGUUCAGUGGUCCAGCUGCAACAUCUUCUCCACCCAGGACCACGCCGCCGCCGCCAUCGCCAAAACCGGCGUUCCAGUUUACGCCUGGAAGGGCGAGACGGACGAGGAGUACGUGUGGUGCAUCGAGCAGACGCUGUACUUCAGAGACGAAGCGCCGCUCAACAUGAUCCUGGACGACGGCGGAGACCUCACCAACCUGGUGCACCAGAAGUACCCCAAGCUGCUGCCAGGUAUCCGCGGCGUGUCGGAGGAAACCACCACAGGAGUUCACAACCUCUACAAGAUGUUGAAAAAAGGCGACCUGAAGAUGCCAGCCAUCAACGUCAACGACUCCGUCACCAAGAGUAAGUUCGACAACCUGUACGGCUGCAGGGAGAGUCUGAUCGACGGCAUCAAGCGAGCCACCGACGUCAUGAUCGCCGGGAAGGUCGCCGUGGUAGCGGGCUACGGCGACGUUGGCAAAGGCUGCGUCCAGGCGCUGCGGGCCUUCGGCGCCCGCGUCAUCGUCACGGAAAUCGACCCCAUCAACGCCCUGCAGGCCGCCAUGGAGGGGUACGAGGUGACAACGAUGGACGAAGCCUGCAAGGAGGGAAACAUCUUCGUCACCACGACCGGCUGCGAGGACAUCCUCCUGGGGCGUCACUUUGAGAGCAUGAAGGACGACGCCAUCGUCUGCAACAUCGGACACUUCGACUGCGAGAUCGACAUGAUCUGGCUGAACAAGAACGCCGCGGAGCGCAUCAACGUGAAGCCGCAGGUGGACCGGUACCGGAUGAAAAAUGGCCGCCAUAUCAUAGUGCUGGCAGAAGGCCGACUGGUGAACCUGGGCUGCGCCAUGGGUCACCCGUCCUUCGUCAUGAGCAACUCCUUCACCAACCAGGUUUUGGCCCAGAUCGAGUUGUGGACCAACACGGCCAAGUAUCCGGUUGGAGUCUACUUCCUGCCCAAGAAGCUGGACGAGCAGGUGGCGGCGGCUCACCUGGACAAGCUGGGAGUGAAGCUGACCAAGCUGACGGACAAACAGGCCCGGUACCUGGGCCUGCCCUCGGAAGGCCCGUUCAAACCAGACCACUACCGCUACUGAGCGCCCCCUGCAGGCGGCGGCGGGCCGUGGCGGCUCGGCCUCUCGCCUCGAAGGAACGGCAGACUUCCUGUGAACGCUUCCUUCUUCUUCUGCGGUUGGCGGCGGCGCCUCGCCGUCCUCCGGGCCGCGUGGAGAAAAUUCCUCGUCAUUCCUGUCUGGGAGAGUCUGCACUGCAAAAACACACAAUCUGCCAACGGGUUGAGUUUAGUUUCUACAGCAAACAUCUCAGUUCUCCUGAAAGAACCAAAUAAUUUAUCAGCAGGAUGGUAACUCGUUUUAAAUGAAUGAUUAUUGAACAUUAAUCAAGUUUCAGCUGCACCGCAUCGUUAUUGUUUCACUUUAACAUGGAAAAUGUUUCUGAUAGAUGGAAAAGAAUCUGUUCAAUAUUCAGUCACUAUUGGCUUAAAACAAGCUGCUGCAAAGGUUUUUUAUUUUGAAUCUUCUCAGAUAUUUGCAUUAGAAAAUAGACAUGGAUUGGUAAUAUUCUGUGUUUUUCAGUGUGUUGCCUUUUAGCACUUAGCUGCUCUGUGUCUGAAACUCCGGUUGGUUUUGGACGUAAUUCUGCCAAAUGAAUCACCGAAGCAGCUGCUCACGUCUGAAAAUGGGAUUUAUUUUAAUUGGAUGCUCCGAUCCGCCGGUUCCAGCUUGAAGCUCAAAAAUGAUGGAGAAUAAAAGAAACUUUAAGAAGGU